AUGGAGGCUGUGUUCCCCUUGGUAAACUGGACGGGCCCGAUGCUGGACUGGAUGGGCCCAGUGUCGCAGUGGUUGACUUUCCUGGUGGAUCUCAACUUUCUGUUUGUGUCCUUCCUCCUGGAAAGCUUGGCCUGGCUUUUGGCCUUCAUCUACAACCUGCCACACAUGGUACUGAGUUACCUUCUCUACAUUGGACGAGUCCUGUUCUCGUUGCUGGCCUUGCUUGACGCACUGAUCGAAUUUACCCUUGUGGGAUUACAGCCCUUGUUUACGUUUCUCUAUGGCUGCUACUCUAGCUUGGAUUGCUUGAAGCUCCUUGGUCACCUGGCCUCUCAAGCUGCUCUGAGGAGCCAGGAAAUACUGACCAGGGGCAUCCUGAACAUGGUCUCCAGUGGCCAUGCUUUGCUGCGCCAGGCCUGUGACAUCUGUGGCAUUGCCAUGAGCCUGGUGGCCUAUGUGAUCAACAGUCUAGUCAACAUUUGCCUCAUCGGCAUGCUAAACCUCUUUCCCCUGGUGCUGGCCCUGUGGACUGCCGGGAUGAGGGCUCUGUGGCUUACGAUAGAGGUGCUGGCUGCUUUCUUUAUUCACCUUUUUAGCAGUGGGGAGGCCAUGGCCAACCUCCUCUGGACCCCCUGCCAGCUAGGGCUAGAGCUGUUGGCCUCAGUGAUCCUCCUCCUGGCUGGCUCUAUGCUUUCCACCCUCACUAUUUUCGUGUUGCUGGUUUGUGUGAUGAUAGUGACUUUGACUGUGGUAUACCCAGCUUCUACCUUGAGACUGGCCACCCUAGCACUCAAUCAGCUCCAUGCCCGACUAGCCUACCACCGGCUCCGAGAAGAUAUUGUUCGGUUCUCUCGCCUGGCACUGGAUCUGGAGGCCUGGCACCUAGUCUGGAGAGUAAGCCUGCAGCUGGCCAACUGGCCAAAUCGGGGAGGAGUGCCGGGGCCCCCCCAAGGUGGUGCCAGGAGGGCGUCUUCAGCCAGAAUUCAGGGACGGGACAAUCUUAAUGAAGGAGAAGAGGACGUCAGGACCAUCAGAACCGCCCCCGCUAGAGGCCGAGAGAGACUUAAUGAGAAUGAACCGAGAGCAAGGCAAGACCCAUGGAGGCUGCUGGAGGAGCUCGAGGCGAGGAAGAGAUGUGUGAUCUGCCAGGACCAAAGCAAGAGCGUGUUGCUUCUGCCCUGUCGGCACUUGUGCCUGUGCCGUACCUGCACCCAUAUCCUCAUGCAUCAACCUCUCUUCGUCCGUAACUGCCCACUAUGCCGCCGCCGCAUUCUGCAAACCCUCAAUGUCUACCUCUGA